CCAGGGACCUUACUCCUGACAAAACUCACCGAUGAGUUUUGUCACUUCGUGACAUAUGUCACCGAGUUUUAGUGACAUCGUACUCUUGAUACGUGAGAAAAAACGUGUGUGAGUUCUAUCAUCAAGUGACUUAUUUUUAUGACUGACGUACUCCUGACAAGUGAGAAAUUUGUCACACACGAUAAAAGCCGUUCACAAAUCAGUGAGUGGCAACGAUCAGAAAAACAGUGGUGACUUUUGUACCAAAGCUUUUAUACAUGUGUUAAUAGUGUAAAUGGGAGUUUUCUUGUAAAUCAAAACAUUUUCAGAAGUACAUCUCAAGGCGGCAGCAAAUAAAAAAAAACCAUUUACCCAAUAUAAAAUGGAUGAACUUCACAUGGCCGAUAUUUUAGAAGAACUGGAAGAUGCUGAAGAAGAUAAUGCAAUUGUUCCAGCUUUACGGGUUACAAUUGAUCCGUUGGAGACAUUACCGGAAAAUCAAUUUGUUAAAAUCUUUAGGGUGUCAAAAAUUUUAUUUAGAUUUAUUGUGGGGUUACUUGCUCCAUUUAUGCGUCCUCAAAAUCGUGGUACAGAUUUGGCUAUAAACACGCGUGUAACUAAAAAUUUUAACUAUUUACAACAUCUAAGAAUAUAAUCUAAAUUCAUAUGAAAUCAGUAUAAAUAUGGUACUAUUAUUUUAGGUGUUGGCUGCUUUACGGUUUUAUGCCGGAGGGAGUUAUCAAACGGAUAUUGGUGUCAAUAAAUGCUUUGAACAGACCACAGAUUCUGAAUAGAUUUAUCAAAUUUCCUCAAGAUAUUCAAGAAUUGAAUAGUUGCAGACGAAAAUUUUACGAAAAAUUUGGUUUUCCUGGAGUGGUAGGAUGCAUAGAUUGCACUCACGUUGCAAUAGUACCUCCUCCAGGUAAUAAUCCUGAAAUGCCAGAAAGGGCUUUCGUAAACAGAAAAGGAUACCAUUCUAUUAACGUGCAAUUGAUUUGUGACUCGAAUGCAAAAAUUUUGAAUAUUGUAGCAGCUCAUGCCGGCAAUACGCAUGAUUCUUUCAUUUGGACCAAUUGUGAGGUCGAAAGGGUGAUGAGGCAAAUCCACGGUGAGGGACGAUCAAAUUAUUAUUUGUUAGGUGAUUCAGGUUAUCCUCUCCGACCAUGGCUACUAACAUCAUUUAAUUAUGAGCCAGCUCCUGAUACACCUGAAUACAGGUACAACGUGGCUCACAAAAGUGUUAGGAGUAUAAUUGAAAGAUGUAAUGGGAUACUGAAGGCCAGAUUUAGAUGUUGCCUUAAAGAUCGAGUGCUGCACUACAAGCCAGAAAUGGCGUGUAAAAUAAUAAACGCAUGUGCUGUUCUUCACAAUUUGUGCACAGACCACCACAUGCCUGUACCCGAGGAUGAAGAAGUAAUAGAUGUGAAUGACGGUUUAAUUCAAGCUCCACCAUUGGAAGAAAACGAAAGAGCACAAGGACGCAUUAAUCCAGAAUUAGUGGCGGGAAGGAAUACCCGUGCUCGUUUGAUUCGAGCUAGAUUUCAAUAAACCCCAAAAA